AUGUUUGGAACAAGCCGCGAAAUUCGUCCUUAUUUGGCAAGACAGAUCCUAAAAGCCACUCUCUAUGGAUCCUGGCUAUUUGGUUUAUUUCCCUUCACCGUGGACUCCGGAAAAAGAAUAUGCCAACUGAGGCGAUCCCGCUGCCUAAUUUUGUACGGCCUAGUCGCUAAUUACUUUCUUGUAUUCAUUCUGAUUCGAUUGGCGUUUGAGUUUAAGAAACAGAAACUAGAAGCUUUUAGGCGAAAUUAUGUGCUGGAAAUCAUUAACAUAUUAAUUGCACUGAUAAACAUUCUUUCCGCCAUAUUGAUACACUUUAUGAACUUUUGGGGCAGCAGACAAAUUGAGCAAAUAUGCAACGAACUUUUAACUCUUGAGUAUCAGGACUUUAAAGACGUGAAUAAGAGAAUUUGCCCAAACUUCAGCUGCUUUCUGAUUCAAAAGUGUUUGAGUAAAGUGGGCCAGUUGAUAUCUUUCUUCACGCUCAUCUACGCAAUUCCGGGAAAUGAGUACCCUUUCUAUCUCGUACUCUUGAGCUGCCUGAUGGGAGUAUCCCUCAACUUGAAUACCAUACACUACCAUGUCGGAGUCUUGUUAAUCUAUCGCUAUAUAUGGCUCAUAAACGGGCAACUGAAGGACCUAGUGAGCUAUCUAAAACUGAAUCCUGGGGCAGACUCCUCCAGAUUACACAUAUUUCUUUCCUUAUACAACCGCCUUCUAGGGCUCUAUGAAAAAUUGGUAAACGCCUACCAAUACCAAGUGACCCUAUUAAUAACAUCUCAGCUAGCUGGCAACAUUGUGGUCAUUUAUUUCCUCAUUGUCUAUGGAAUCAGUAUGCGUACCUUUUCCAUCUUUUUGGUGGUCUUCCCGCAUUCUCUGUUAAUAAACAUUUGGGAUUUCUGGCUGUUCGUUGUCGUAUGCGAACUUACCGAAAAGGCUGGUGACGAAACCGCAGUUAUCCUAAAAAUAUUUUCCGAUCUCGAGCACAGAGAUGAUCGGCUAGAAACAAGUGUCAACGAGUUUGCUUGGCUUUGCAGUCACCGGAAGUUCCGAUUUCAACUGUGCGGACUGUUUUCUAUAAACUACAAAAUGGGCUUCAAGAUGAUCGUAACCACAUUCCUCUACUUGGUAUACUUAGUUCAAUUUGAUUAUAUGAACUUGUCGGCUUAA